AGAUGGUUCGUUCCAGCAUGCUGUAUUAACCCGAAUCCACUUCAAGUCUUGUGUUUCAGCUUGUGCUGCUGUCGCUGUCCAGCAGCACAGGCAUUCAUUUAAACGUCUCUCUCCAGUGCAGCUCUCCCCAACCAGAGGCUGACCCCGGAUGAAUCUGCUGAUAUGGGAACUUUCCGAUUGAGAUGAUUAUCUGGACUUUGCAGUCUGUGGAGAUUGCUUGAAUUUCCUGACUCAGUUUGAAGUUUACAUUCUUUGCGUGCUGCUGCCGAGGAAAAAUGACCGGAAUCGAUUCAGUCGCGGUAAUGAUUUCAUGGGUCAUCAUCCUGACGGUGUUCCAAGCCGCAUCGCCUCAACCUGCUCCACCCCGAGGACCCAGGCCCGUACCUGGAAGAGGAGACAGUCCGGAACCAACACCGACUCCGCUGCCGCCAGAGCCCACAACAAGACCAGAAGCAACGAUCAUCGACUGUCCCAUCAAGCUGUUUUUCACCAUUGACACCUCAGAGACCAUCGCCCUGCAGGAAUCUCCGCCCGGGAGUCUGGUGGAGAGCAUCAAGGAGUUUAUGAAGAUAUUCGCCCAGAAACUCGAAGACGAGGAAUACAGGGGCCAGAUCCAGAUCACUUGGUCCUUUGGGGGAUUGCACUUCUCUCAGAAGCAGGUGUUGUUCAGUCAGUUCACGACCAGACAGAGCUUCAUCAGGAAUCUCAGUCAGAUAAAAUACCUGGGCAAAGGCACCUACAUCGACUGCGCUCUCACAAAUAUGACCCACCAGAUGACAUACUCAGGGACACAAGCUAUCCUGUUCUCAGUGGUCAUCACGGAUGGUCACGUGACGGGGAGUCCGUGUGGGGGGAUCAAGGUGGCAGCUGACAGGGCUCGGGAUCGAGGGAUCCACAUUUUUUCAGUAGCAGCCUCCAGAAGUGUCGAUGAAGUAGGGAUGAGGGAGAUAGCCGGCUCACCCACAGAGGUGUACCGAGACGAUUACAUUGUCAUGGAGAUUGUUAAUGGAAGACCGAGGAUGAACACUGAAACUAUUGAUCGCAUCAUCAAAGUCAUGAAAUAUCAGGCAUAUCUACAGUGUUAUAAACCUACAUGCCUUGAAGUCCCUGGGAUCCCAGGACGAAAAGGGGCCUCAGGUCCAAAAGGCAUUAAGGGUGACAGAGGCAUCAAAGGACCAAAAGGUCAUAAAGGUAACCAGGGUGAUCCUGGGAUUGAAGGUUCCAUUGGACAACCUGGUCUAAAGGGAGAAAUUGGUUUUAUUGGUGAAAAGGGUGAAAUGGGAUUAAUUGGAGCAAAGGGUGCGAUGGGUUCACCAGGAAGGAAUGGAACAGAUGGACAAAAGGGUAAAAUUGGUCGAAUUGGAGCUCCUGGCUGCAAAGGUGAUCCAGGUGAAAAGGGACCAGUUGGAUACCCAGGAGACCCUGGGGACUCUGGAUUAUCUGGAAAAACAGGAGAAAAGGGUGAUACAGGUCUCCCUGGGAAGAUAGGCCCUCAAGGCCCUGUGGGAAAUCCAGGAUUAACGGGUGAAAAGGGAAAUUCUGGAAAUCCAGGAUCACCUGGAGAAAGAGGGCUUCCGGGGAUCAGUGGCAAACCAGGACAGAAGGGCGAACUGGGCAGCAGAGGAGAUCCUGGAAGGAAGGGGGCGCCAGGACAAGAUGGGGCCCCAGGGCCAAAGGGUGAUCGAGGAGCAUCGGGGGACAGAGGUCGACCUGGGGAGGAUGGAGUUAGGGGUGCGAAGGGAGACCAAGGACUACCAGGACCAAGGGGUUGGCCAGGAGAACCAGGCAGCGCUGGAGGAAAUGGCACAGUGGGGCCUCCUGGAGACCCCGGACUCAGAGGAGACCCUGGACCACCUGGACCGCAGGGAGACAAUGGCAGACCAGGAUUCAACUACCCUGGACCAAGAGGACCAACAGGAGAGAGAGGAGAUCCGGGCAAGAGAGGACCCAGAGGGGACAGAGGUCAAUGCGGUGCAAAAGGGGAGACAGGAGCCAAAGGAGCACCAGGAGAGCCUGGUGAACCAGGCCAGCCAGGAGAGCCAGGAGAGAGAGGACCCCAGGGAGACCCUGGAAAAGAUGGGGGUCCAGGACCAGCUGGGGAUCCUGGGCUCACUGACUGUGAUGUUAUGACGUACAUCAGGGAGACAUGUGGUUGUUGUGACUGUGAGAAACAUUGCGGUGCUCUGGACAUUGUCUUUGUGAUUGACAGCUCUGAGAGCGUUGGGAUGACCAACUUCACUCUGGAAAAGAACUUUGUUAUUAACACCAUCAACAGGCUGGGAUCAAUGGCCUCUGACCCCACAUCUCCAACUGGUACAAGAGUUGGAGUGGUACAGUUCAGUCACGAAGGAACGUUUGAGGCCAUACGACUCGAUGAUCCUUCAAUAGACUCCAUGUCUUCAUUCAAGACAGCAGUGAAGAAUCUUCAGUGGAUUGCUGGGGGCACAUUUACACCCUCUGCACUCAAGUUUGCCUAUGAUAACCUAAUAAGGGACAGCAAGAGAGCCCGUGCCAAAGUAUCUGUAGUGGUAGUUACAGACGGUCGCUUCGACCCUCGUGAUGAUGACAGUAAGCUCAGGUACCUCUGUGAUGACCCCAAUGUGGUGGUGAAUGCCAUUGGGGUUGGUGACAUGUUUGACAAGGAACAUGACAGUGAGACCCUAGUAUCAAUAGCCUGUAACAACAAGAACCGCAUCACUGAGAUGAAGCAAUACACAGACUUAGUGGCUGACAACUUCAUUCAGAAGAUGGAAACAGUUCUCUGUCCUGAUCCAGUGAUUAAGUGUCCAGACCUUCCUUGCAAAACUGAAUUUGAUGUAGCUCCAUGUGUUGGACGACCCAUAGACCUGGUGUUUCUUCUCGACGGUUCGGAGCGCCUUGGGAUGGAAAACUUUGGCCAUGCACGUCAUUUUGUUCAAAUGGUUGCAAAUGCAUUGACAAUGGCCAAGAACAGAAAUGACCAAAACGGGGCUCGUCUGGCACUGACAGAGUUUGGCAAUGAGAAUGAAAACCAAGUGGCUUUUCUUCUUACACACGACCAGAAGGCUAUCACUUCUGGUCUAUCAGGUUUACAUUAUCUUGAUGCGUCGUCAGCAGUGGGGCCUGCCAUCUUCAAAACCAUCAAUGAGAUUUUGGGUAAAGGACCCACUCGCAAGACGAGACGUGGUGCCGAGGUUUCAUUUGUUUUCAUCACAGAUGGUAUUACUAACAUCACCAACCUGGACGAGGCAGCUUCUGCAAUGCGCAGGGAACACAUCUUUUCCACUGUGAUUGCCACGGGAAGUGACGUGGAUGAAGAAGUCCUAACAAAGUUGGCUAUGGGUGACCAGACUGCCAUCUUUAAGAAUCAGAAAUUUUCUGAUCUGUUACAGCCUAGUUUCUUUGACCGUUUCGUCAGGUGGGUGUGUUAAAGACUGUCCUCAUUGUGAGUGUCGUACUGGUGUUACUGCUCUGUGCUCUGUUCUGUUUAACAGUUGAUCCAAGUUGAAUUCACCCUUGUAUUGCUCUCAAAAAUGCUGAUUAAUGUCACCUCAGUCAGAGAUUAACAGGAACAAUAAUGUGCAAAACCUGAAAUAUUUGGGGAGAGGUUUCUAAAGAACUCAGCUCUUACCAGCACUGAUUUUCUUUGUGUUCAAAUAUAAAAUAAAAAGAAAUGAGCCAAUGGUGAGAGAUAACUGACAAAGACUUUCGAUACCUCUAUAUUGUCUACCCAAAUUGUUUUAAGUAAACAUUUUUCUGACAUUUUUUUCCUUCUUCCAAAAAUAUAAAAUUAGGUUUGCUUCGAUUUAUCUGUCAAAUGGUCUAUUUCGUUUUCCAGUUGCAAGAAACUCAAACUUUAAACAAAACCUAUCAUAAAUAAGGGUAAAUGAUUUCCGUCAAGUUGUUAGCCAGUAAAGCAAUUUAUUUUUCCAAAUACUUGCAAAUUCAUCUCCAGACAUGAACCCUAAUGAUAUAGCAAAAUUGGCUAAAUAUCUAUGACAGGUUAUUCAGUCACUUAAAAUGUUCCUGUUUUUAGUGCUUGUGCACAUAAUUGUCUGUUUCCCUGUGAUGAUGUGUUGCGACCUGUCCAAGGUUCAGCGCCAUAGAUAGACACCAGCCCCUUUGCAAUUCUAGCAUUUGAAUGAAUAAAAUCUCUUAGCAUUUUGAAGAGUUGUUUUGAGAUGGUGAAAAUCAGUUUUGGUCUAGUUCUUUCUCCGUCCAGCUAUAAAAUUCACCCUCUGAUCAAUUAAUAUGGAUUUAUACCAAUUGGAAACAAUAUAAAAUAUCCAAUACAUGCAAGAUAUUAACCGCUUUUAAUGUUUUUAACAGAACCACACCUGGAAAUUCAAGAACUCCUUUGAAAGUUGGCUGUGAUGUCACUUUAAGGUUAGGGCUUUAAUGACUUAGGUAAAUCAUAUUCAGUGAUACAGACUUGAAUCUUUGUUGUCUGCAAUAAAUCCAGGGCAAUAUGUUGUGUUUAUGCUGUUUAUUUUUGAAAGGUUCUCUCCUAAACUAAGGAAGAACCGUUUGCUUUUUAAGAAGUAAAUGUUACACAAAUGCAGCUUUUAAGUGUUUUAUGUCUCAUGGUGUGGUGCUAGCAAGUUUACAUUUAUUAAUUAAAGACUUUUUAGAGCUGUUCAACAAAUAUGUUACACAGGAUCAUAUAGUACAGUGACUUGGUUCAAGAACAUUUGUUUAGAGGGUUUUUGUGUAAAAUACAAGUGUCUGUUGGUGUUCAUUGUCUGUCAAACAAAAACUUUGCAAUACUCUCCUUAUUUUAAGAAAAUAUUUGUUUUUUUACUUGUGCAUCCUACAGUUUGCAAUUAUUAUUACAAAGCACAAAGUUUUAAUAUAUUUUGUCACCCAAAAAAGCACACAUUCUACUGUUAAACACAUUAUAAAUCACUGACUCACAAAAUAAACCUGUAGUACCCUGAA